CAUCCGUACGAACAAAUAAACCCUAAUAUCCGUACAAAAGGGAAAAGAAUCAUCUUGAUUCCCUCAUUUCUUUAUUAAUUCAUCUUGAUCGCAACCACGCUCCGCCGCGCCAAACCUCUGAUCCCAUCUUUGAUUCAUCUGCAGGUGGUCGAGGAUGGAGAAAAAGUGGAAAGGUGAGAUUAAGAAAUUAUCAAAUUCGGAGUUUCCACCUGAUAAUAUAAUUCAGGUAAUACUCUCGAAAGUCCCUUUAUUCAAUUUGACCAGUUGCAGGCUCGUUUGUAAAUCAUGGAACAAUUUAAUUUUAACUUGUAAGUUUGAUCCUUCACUCUUCCUUUCCUUUGCCUAUGAUUGUCCCUCUCGCACUCUCUAUUGUGUGGACUUCGAUCCUAUGUAUUUUGAAGGAAUGAAUAGUAUUGGCUCAUUUACCUUCCAUCCUAAAUUUUCCACCAGUGACAGUUCCAUCUCUAUUAUCAAUGCCUGCAAUGGACUCCUUUCUCUUCUUAUCUCUAAACGAAAACUAGGAUCUGUAUCUUAUGUUCUUGGCAUAUUAAACCCCAUGACAAACGAGUACUUCAAAUUUCCCGCUGAGAAGUCGAAAUCACAUUGUUGUUGUGGUAGACUCUACAGCUACGGAUUAGGAUUCAAUCCUAAAACAAAGCAGUACAAAAUAGCAAGAACCUCGUUUAGACCUGAUGAAUCCACUACCUUAGUAGAGAUUUUUACAUUUGGUUCUACUCACCAAGUUUGGACCCCUGUUGGCUUUUUGCCUUCUCUUGUCGUUGAAGACCAUGGUGUUUAUUUCAAGGGAGGCCUCUAUUGGGUCGCAAACCAGCCGGAUCCACACGAUUCUUCUAUUAGUGCCAUUUACCGUUUGGAUUUAGAAAACGAGAAACUAGAGAAAAUUUCAUGUCCCCAAUAUAUCGGUGGUCAUUUUUUCUUUGGAGUUUUUGAUGGUACCCUCUAUCUAACUGUUUCCAAGAAUAACAAGUACCAGGUGUGGAAGAUGAAAGAUAAUUUUUCAUGGAUUAAAGCAUUUGUUAUAUCUAGACCAAGAAAUUUGUGUCAUCCUGACCAUCCUCACCAACCUUGGGGAGUAUCUCAGCUCGAUCCCAUCAAAGCUUGUGAAGAUGGGAAGAUAUUGUGUCUUCUUGCGGGACUUCAUUUAAUACUGUAUGACCCCAAGACUAAGAGCGCGGAGAUAUUGACUGAUCAAAGUGUUAAAGUUGAGAAACAUCUGCACGUUCAUCAUAUUGACGCCUUCAAUUUUAAUUCUCUCCCCAGCAUUUUGGCAGGAAACAGUUGAAUGAUGAGCUUUACAGUAAAUUCUGAUAUGAUCGACAUUGCCUAUGGAUGAUAAUGGUGAACAGAGAUUGUUAACAUCAAAGGGACUGUUCCAAAUGCAAUGGUGCUUCUUUGCUGAUUAUCGUUGGGGGAGUCUGUUUAGCUUGUUCAAAGUGCAUUGGUGUUGGCCCAAGAAAGAUUCCAAUGCCCUUCUACACUACACUAACGGUCCUUAGUUAAAUGUUCAGACAAAAAUCCUUUGACCUAAUUGAAUCUUUGCCUUUUUUUGGUGCUUGUGAUUUGAAAGAAACUCUAGAACCUUUCAUGAUCAAGAAACUAGCCAGGAUUUCUCUUUGGAAUUUUGUUGCUCUUUGUACCUCAACUUGAUCUUUUACUUCUAAAUUCUUUUGUAAUUACAACCUGAACCUAACUCAAAUUUAUACUAGUUGGGCUCUUUUCCUGAUUUCUGUUA